AUGUCUCAAAAAUCAUUAGACACAAGAUUAGACCUAGAUUUUGACAGGAUAUAUCCAACUCGAUACAUUGUAUUUCUGUAUGGAUUAAUAUUUUUCUGCAAUGUGUUAAUCAACAUCGACCAUGGUUCUAUCCCAGCAGCUACCUUGAAUUUGAAACAAGAUUUGAAUAUUGAUAACUUUGAACUUGGUUUACUCGGGAGUCUGGUUUAUCUCGGUUUGACUAUAGGUUCAAUUCUGGCUACCCCCAUAUUUACCUAUAUAAAGGCAAAGACAAUAUUGAUUCUAAGCUUUUGCUUGAAUGCUUUUUCACUAAUCCUAUUCACCAUUUCUGAAGACAUUGUAGUAUUUGUGUGUAUAUAUUUUCCUGUGUGGGUUGAUACCUUCGGAACUAACAAGCAUAAGACCCUUUGGCUGUCACUUUUACUGCUUGCUCCUCCAAUUGGAGUAGUGCUUGGGUAUUCUCUAACAGCUUUUAUGGUCUAUCAUUUUACUUGGCGCUAUAUUUUCUAUUUAUAAUCUAUACUCGUAAUUCCAUGUGUGAUAGCGAUGAUAUCCAUUCCUAAUAAGUAUUUUGACAUUGAAACAGCAAUUUAAUAUAUCAGAAAAGACCAGAAUCGAUAAUAUGAUUUGACUUAAAUGUAUUAAACGGGUGGAACUGGAGAUGGAGAAUAUGAGAAAAAUAGAAUUUAAAGGAAAGGAUCACCAGAAGCAAGAAGGAGGUUAUCUAGCAUUGGGUAGAAUUACAUAUCAAGAAAUAAUCUUAAUAACUUGAAUGAUGAAGAACAGCUUCCCCCUGCGAUCAAUCCAACAGCUAUUUUCUUAUCAGUAUUAAAAAAUAAGCCUUAUAUACUGAUUACUAUCGCCUUAUCAAUUCUCUUUUUUGUCAUUACAGGCAUUUAAUUUUGGGUAUCAGACUAUCUCUAGGUAAUAUUGAACGUUGAUGCUUAAACUGUCUUUGUAUACUUUUCAUUUACUUGCAUCACUGGUCCUACAAUAGGAGUUAUUGUAGGUGGAGUUAUCAUUCAUAGACAAGGAGGGUAUAAAUCACCUAAAGCCCUAAGAACAGUAGUCAUAGUGGCGUUUCUAGCGAAUGCUGUGGCUCUUCCUAUCCCAUUUGUGGAUAAUUUUUAAGUUUUUGCUUUACUAAUUUGGUUUUUGCUAUUUUUUGGUGGUUUUAUCGUCCCUAUCAUGACUGGAUUAAUUUUGACUGUUGUAAAAACUAAUGAAAGGACAAUUGCAAACUCACUAGCAAAUUUAUCAUAUAAUAUACUAGGCUAUCUUCCCUCACCUUUUGUUUAUGGACUUGUUUAAAAUUAAUUUGGAGGUAACAAAUCAAGAGCAGGAAUGAUUUUGCUAAUGUAUUCAGCAUUGAUAGCUUUUUUCUCUGUUUUAGUGGGUUAUAUAAUACAGGAGUAAAAGAAAAAGCCAUACUAAAAGUUCAGUAUAAAUAAUAAGCAACUUUCAAAGAAUCUGAUAGAUGACCAAAACUAAGAGAAUGGUGUUAAAAGUCCUGAAGAUAAAUAUUCUCCUCUAAGAUAGCAAUAUGAAAAUGGAUUUUAGCAAAUACAGGGUCUGAUAGAUGAAAAUUAAACAAGAAUUAGAAAUUACUCAACUAAAAAUGAUAGCAGUAAAAAUAUAAUACUCUAGGAAUUCUAAACUCCAUCACAUGAUUAUAAAGACUAUUUAAUUUCACCAGUCAAGAAUUCUAUGUACCAAGAAAAUUCUUUUGAUUCAAAAGCAGCCUUAGAGAACAUUGAUUAGCUUGAGGAAGUUGACAUAGUAAAGGCUCAGCUUAGUAAAAACACUUCUUUUUUCGAACCUUUUGCUAGACUUCACAACAUCUAAAAUCAAUGA